GGGCCUUCCAAUUAAAUAUAUCAAUAGUCAAAAUCCAGCAGCCCUUGCGCCUUAGUUGAGUGGAGAAGGCCCUCGCCAACCCCUUUUCUUUCUUUUUCCCCCCUUAAAAUUCAGUUUGCCGAGUGGACUUUAAACUUAGUUUCCAAGAUGGAAUUGGAUGCCAACGGAAUAAAGAGAUUCGCAACAAGCAUCACUUGCUGUGCAAUUGUCAUCAUAUCGGUUGCUCUGCGCUUCUGGUGUAAACUCUCACUGAAGAGUGGUAUACAUGCGGAAGACUGGGUUAUAUUUGCCGUAGUGCCAGCAUAUAUAGGGGCUACAGCUGAUGACAUAUGGGGACUCCUUGGAGGGGGCCAUGGCAAGGAGAUAGAUGCAGUGGUUGUUGACCUGCUGCUUGAUCCAUCGCCCAAAAACUUCAAGGCCUUAGAAGUUUCCUUCGAAUCGCUUUUUGUCGGGUUCUUCCUCUCCCCCUUUGGACUCACAGCCACCAGAAUAUCUAUCUGUUUAUUAUAUCGGCGCAUAUUUUCGACACGCAACUUUCGAAUUCAAUCAAUGAUAAUGAUGAUUAUAAGCAUCGCGUGGCUCACUGCGUCCUUUGUUGUUAACGUGGUGCUUUGCAUUCCACUUGAUACGUUCUGGAAACCUUUCAAUCCAGGACGUUGCGUGAACUUCAACCUAUAUUAUCUUUUAAUCGGUAUUUUUGAAACCAUAAUUGAUUCUGCAAUAUUGGCCCUCCCUAUUCGGGCCACAUUCCAAGUCCAACUACCUUUGAAGACUAAACUCCUCUUGUCGGGGAUUUUUCUUCUAGGAGGGUUUGUUAUCGUCACGAAUGCCUUUCGCCUAUCCGCUAUAUACCAGCCCAAUAGUACCAAGGUGUCACUAAGUGAGGCGACAUUUUGGACUCAUAUCCAUUCUACGACAGCAGUACUCUGUGCCAACAUUCCAAUCUACAAGCCUCUUGUAGCCUCGGCAAAUAACUUGUUUGGUGGGAUUCGAAACAUAUUCUACUCAUCAUUUCGCUCGCUGCGAAGUAACCAGACAAUGAGAAUCGAGGAUUCAGCAGAUGACCCCGAAAGUGGUUUCCAGAUGGUGAAUACUACGUCGCAUCCGGAUGUAGCUGCUUAUCAUCGGUCAAGGUAUCAUCUUGAAGAUUCGAGAAACCCUAUCCUCGUUCCUGAUGAAGGGGUGAAUGUGACGAUAGCUAGAUGCAGCGAUAUGUCCCUCGGCCAUCUAGAUAUCCCGCAGGGUAGAAUACUUCACACGAGGAAGGUUGAGGUUGCUUGAUUUUGACCGGGGCGUGUAGUGUAUCUCAUUCCUACGAUAGUCAAUACAGAAUUUUCAAUUAGAACUAGGAGAAUAUUAGACAAUCGAAAUUGAGUAGCGGGGUUUUACUUGUGAAUAGGGGCCUUUAAGUUUGCAUCACCUAUCCAUAAUAGGUACCUAGACUGUACACUAAAAUAUCCCAUGCUCCGCUGUAGUAGGUGUGCU